AACCUACAGCUCUCUUCCUUGAACAAUCGUUAUUGCGAUAGAUAAGAUACCAGGCCCCACCGAGCUUGACCAAGGCGUACCUCGAAAGGCCUGUGAAGUUGAGGUUGGCAUUUUCGAGUUGCAAUUGAUCGGUGUCCGGUGUUACCAUUGCCUGGCUCUGGCAACCAGCAAUUCCGCUGGUAGGUGGGAUUCCCUCGGAAUCUCAGCAGCUAGUAGCCACCUUUUCAGUUCAAGAGGCCGUAACCCACAGAGAUUAUUAUUAGUUUUCAAGCGAAGCAAAACGACACCGAUGACGUCUCAGCUGUAUAUUCGACCCGCCCGUCAAAGCGAUUCAGCCACUCUCUCUCGUAUAUGUCUUCUCACAGCAGAAGCAGGCGUCUCCGCAGAACACUUACACACUUUCGGAGAACUGCCGGGAGUCAUAUACGCAGAACCCUACGUGCACCUGCCAUUCGCAGGCGGGUUCGUCUUAGUCGACAGGUCCAAGAGCUCCAGCGCAAGUCUUCAUGAUGAUGACAACAACGAGGAAGAGGGAGGGGAGGUUGUAGGGUAUGCGCUCUCCGCCUUCGACACGCCUAGAUUCGAGCAAGAAUUAGAGAAACGAUGGUUCCCGAAAUACCGCAUCAAAUACCCAUUAUCUCUCCCCGACUUCCCCGUCCCUGUUUCCACGAGCUCACCACUGGUGGUGGCAGCGGCAGCACCCAAGGAAGCAGAUAUCCGGUAUAUCAAUAACAUCCAUAAUCCUCCUCACGCCAGUCCGGGGGCCUUGGUUUUCUCACUGGCGCAUAUGCAUAUAGAUAUCUUACCUGAGUAUCAGAAGCUUGGGUAUGGACGAAAGUUGAUUGAUACGUUGGUGAGGUGGUUGAAGAAGGAGAAGGGGUUGGAGAGGCUGUGGUUAGGGAUGGAUAAGAGGAAUGUAGGCGCGAGAAGGUUUUAUGAGAAGCUUGGGUUUCGAGACUUGGAGGGUGCACCUGAGGGGGUUGUAGGGAUCGAGUUUGAGGACUGGAAAGGGUAGAAGGAGGAUCAGGAAGACAUUAAGGCAGAGUUUGGCCUAGCUUUGCAUUAGUACUCCUGGAAGCUGUAUGUUCUGAUGCGACAUGUUCCAAGUACACCAAGUGUACCAAGUAAUUCAUCUUGGAAUGUAGCGAGAAUAUUUCUGGGAGCUGACUGAGGUGAUACGAGCGGGCCAGGCAGCUCGGGGCACAACACGGUCCGUAUUGGAUAACAAAAUAUGAUACAUAGA